AUGCGGAGCGUCGAAGACGAGAAAAGAGCGGACGAAGAACGGACGUCGCUUUUAACAAAGAAGAACACAAAGAACAACAACGACGGGAACCCCGAGAACAACGCAUCGUCGGAAGAGGAAGAGGAAGAGCAGUACUCCUAUUACUACCACGAGGAGGAGGACACCGAGGCGGAGGAGGAGAAUUUAAUUGUCGAAACACCGCCCUCGGCCAACUCUUUUUCGUCGAGGAAGGAACAUUUUUUCUCUCCAAACGAAAGCGAUUGGAAGAAAACGAGUCUGAGUCGAAUGAUUUCAACGUCGAAGGACCUAUUAUUUUGUAACGCGUCGACGUUGCGAGUCCUUUUAACCGUCCUGUUCAUUUCCGGCGCCUUGCUCACGGGCGCGUCGUACGGCUCGCGGUUCGGGGGCGAUUUAUACGUCAAGGUAAGACCGAGACGGGAAUCGGCGAUUGGGAAAUCGAGAAGGCACGCCGAAGCGGGAGUGACGCUCGUGGAUGAGAUGAGGUAUCCGUACGCGAAGUGUUUGGAUGGGACGAGCGGGAGUUAUUACGCGUCGUUCGCGCCGAGUUCCGGGAUCGCGAAGAAAGCGCACUAUAAGAAUUUAGCCGGAUCCGGGGAUAAGUUCGUGAAGAAAUCGGAGGCGGAAAUUGCGUCCUCGGCGAUGGACGGGUUUUCGACGCACAGGACGUGGGUGAUCAUGCUGAACGGAGGAGGCGAGUGCGUGGAAGGGCAGAAGUGCUCGGAGAGAGCGGAGACAGAGUUGGGAAGUUCGAGUUUAGCCGCGCCGACGCACGAGUUUAAGAGCGGAUUGACUGAGUUGCACGAGACGCACAACCCGGCGUUCAUGUACGCGAAUAUGGUGGUCGUGAAUUACUGCUCCGGCGACUCGUUUUUAGGUCGAGGCACGGAAGCCGAUAAAGACGGGUUGUGGCACUCGGGUGGGCACAUCGUCGACGCGGUUAUCGACACGUUGUUGGAAAAACACGAGAUGAAGAACGCGGACAAAGUUUUAAUCGCCGGACGGUCUUCGGCCGGAAUCGGCGUGUUGAGUCAAGCCGAUCGAUGGCGCACCAUGAUUGAACGCGGAGCGAAGAGCACGGAUUGGUGGACGAACUUUCGUCGUUCGAAACCGGCGCCAAAAGUGUACGCCGCGCCGUUUGCCGGGUUCAGGUACACGCACAGGUCGGAAGAGUCUAAUAAUAAUAACAGUAAUAAUAACAAAGAAUCUCGCGGCUCAAAGAAACUUCAUCAACAACAAGAACGAGAACAACAACACACUCAACGCCAUGGCUCCGUGCGAAGAGCCUUACUUUCUUCAUCGAUUUCUCAUCCGGCGGUUGACUUUCCUGAAACCGCCGCGGUGGCGAAUCGCGACCGCAAUCUCAAGGAAGAGGUUGAUCGCACGAAGAAAAAGAUUGAUUUGUUGGAGAUGAAGAAACAGUUGUCGCAACUCGAACGCGAGCGAGUAUUAGAAGGAGCUGUCGCUGCGCAUGAAAGUAACGGCGAAGUCGCGAACAGAGACAAAAAUAUCAUAGAGGAGAUGGAGAGAACGAAAAAACGCAUCGAAUUGCUGGAGAUGAAGAAACAACGGAACCAGUUCGCGGAGGAGCGCUCUGGAGAACGCUCGGCGGAAUCGACCGCGGAUCUCGGUAAAGUUCCCAUGCCACCGACGAGAAAGCGCGAUGAAGAAGAAACAGAAGAUGAUGAAAACGAGCAUUCAGCUUCAACGUCAUCAUCGCCGACGUCUUCUUUAAGAGCGAAAAUAACUCGCAAAGCGGCUUUGAAAAAAAUGGAAAAUGGAGGAAACGACGGCGAAUGGGAGACGUACAUCAAAUACUGGCACGCGAAGCGUUCGCUCAAUCGAGCGUGCGUGUCCAAGAACGAAGAGAGCUACUGGAAAUGCGCUUCUGCCGAAGAGGCGUUUAAACACGUCAAAACGCCCGUGUUUAUUUCGCAAGCGUUGACGGACGCUUUGUUAGCUGAAAUGGUUGGCGAUAAUGCGUCCCCCUACGGUCUUUCUUCGGAUCCGUCUAACCCGUCCGUCGAAGGCGCUUUAGGCAAACGCGAGAAGAUUGCCCUGAAGAGACUCACCUCUGCUGACAUUCUUAGCAUGGACACGAAAGAAGAAAGCAACGAAAUCUUACGGUUGAUGUCUUUGAACGCGACGGCGCGAGAAAUCUACGCAGAAAACUUGAUGAAAGUCAUGCGCUCAGAGUUGAAAAUGGUCGUCGAACAUCCCAACGCGGGCGUGUUCGCGCCAGCCUGUUACGCGCACAACGACUUUGACGACGUGUAUAUCGAUGGGAUCGAUCACCACACCGCUUUGGCGUGGUGGGUGUUUAAAGAUUCAAACGUCAAGUUAGUCGACACGUGCUCGGGCGUGUUUUGCAAUCCUACGUGUAAACACUCGCUGGCGGAGUCCAGCAUCAUCCCUCGCGCGAACGAGGACGGAACCAACACUCUAAACAUCAAGCAAGGCGCGCGCGCAGAUAUGCCUUGA